AUAAUAGAAAUUAGUAAAAGCUAGCCAAAUUUUUAAAGGCUAAAAGUGUAACUAGUUUGAUUUCGUUUCAACCCAAUUAUCCAAUCCAAAACGUAGGAGAUUUUAGAGUUGAAUUUUUUAAAAACUUGGGCAGUUUCAAAAUUUUGCUUCGACCUUACUUCUUGGAUGGUUAGGAAGAUUAAGAUCAUCCGGUAUUGAAAAGAGUUAAAAGACAUAUGUGGUCGAUUAAGAAGUUAGAAAUGAAAGUCUCUUUUCCCAUUUGUUGUUGAACGUAAAAGAAUGGAAACACGAGUAGCAUGAAAAUCUAAGAAACAAUGGAAUGGAAUGCUCUACCACCCAACCAUAAGAAAUAAGAAAUUGAAACACAUAAAACAUACACAUUUCAACCAAAAGUAACCUAAUUUCAACCCUAAAAACCCUCCCACACAAUUAGGGCCCUCUCCUCCAACCCUUCAUAAAUCACCAACUAUUUCAACUCCUCCAUUUCAGACUCCCAAACCCCUCUCUCUCUCUCUCUCUCUCUCUCUCUCUCUCUCUCUCUCUCUCUCUCUCUCUCCUCUUUCUCUCUCUACAAUUAGUUCCAGAUGGAGAAGAAAAGAGCCGUAAAGGAAGAGUCUUUCCUUCAGCACCCUGUCCUUUUUCUCCUUGUUCUGGGCUUGGGCUUUAUACUAGUCGACCCUUUUAAAAUGGGCCCAGUUGGAGGCCACGAUUUCAGGCCCGUCAAGCAUGACAUUGCACCUUACAGCCAGGUAAUGGGCCGUUGGCCCAAGGACAAUCAAAGCCGUUUGGGCCUUGGAAAUUUGGAAUUUGAAGAUCAGGUUUUUGGGCCUGAAUCCUUGGAGUUUGAUGCUUUGGGCCGUGGGCCUUACACUGGGCUUGCUGAUGGCCGCAUUGUUAGAUGGAUGGGUGAGGAAGUUGGAUGGGAGACUUUUGCAAUUGUCACAACAAAAUGGUCAGAGAAGGAAUGUGCACAAGGGGUUGAUUCAACCACAGCCAAACAAUGGAAGAAUGAGAAGAAAUGUGGAAGGCCACUUGGCCUAAGAUUUGAGAAACAAACAGGCAAUUUGUACAUUGCUGAUGCAUAUUAUGGGCUUCUUAUGGUUGGCCCUCAAGGUGGCAUUGCCACUCCCUUGGCUACCCAUGUUGAUGGCACUCCCAUUCUCUUUGCUAAUGAUCUUGAUAUCCAUAACAAUGGCUCCAUCUUCUUCACUGACACUAGCAAGAGAUAUAAUCGAGUUGAUCAUUUCUUCAUCUUGUUGGAAGGAGAAGCUUCGGGUAGGCUUUUGAGAUAUGAUCCUCCUACUAAAACAACUCAUGUCGUGUUGAAUGGCUUGGCCUUUCCGAAUGGUGUGCAAUUGUCUAAAGAUCAUAGCUUUCUUCUUUAUACUGAAACUACUAAUUGCAGAUUAAUGAAGGUGUGGCUAGGGGGAUCAAGAAAUGGAGAAGUAGAGGUAGUAGCAAAUCUUCCAGGGUUUCCAGACAAUGUAAGAAGAAACGAAAGGAACGAGUAUUGGGUAGCCAUAGAUUGCUGUAGAACAAAAGCACAAGAGAUACUGACACACAAUCCAUGGAUAAGGAGUAUCUAUUUCAGGCUGCCAUUGAGAAUGAGCUUGCUGGCCAGGCUUAUGGGCAUGAAAAUGUACACUGUCAUCUCUCUUUUUAGUGAAAAUGGAGAGCUUUUAGAAGUUCUUGAGGAUCAAAAGGGUGAAGUUAUGAAGCUGAUGAGUGAAGUUAGAGAAGUUCAUGGGAAGCUUUGGAUUGGAACUGUGGCUCAUAACCAUAUUGCUACCUUGACUUACCCUUUACAAAUUAACAACAACAACAAUGCUUAAUUUUAUUUCUUCGUUUCGUUUCGUUUGGUGUUGUGAAAUGUUCACGAACGUAUAAGAUCGUUGUUUUAUGACGUUUGAAUGAUUGUUUAAUUAUAUAUACGUGAGUGAAAUGACUGACCUGUUUUCAUGUUAAGAUUUUAGAUCGGAAAUUGAAAUCAUGAAUUGACACGGUUU